AUGUGGUCCCAACUAGAGAUAGAACAGGCCCACAUAGCGUAUGCUUGCGUGGGGAUCUUCAGCACGCUCUUUUCUCUAAUGUCCUUGUUUGUGAAAGAACGCUUGUUUAUUGGUGAAGCCACCGUGGCCACGCUUGCCGGCUUGAUCUUUGGACCCCACUGUCUAGACUGGUUAAACCCAAUUAAAUGGGGCAACUCAGAUCACUUGACCCUCGAAAUUUGCAGAAUCGUCUUGUGUAUUCAGAUCGUGGCCGUGGCAGUGGAACUUCCUCGGAAAUACAUGAAGAAACACUGGGUUUCUGUGGCAAUAUUCUUGCUUCCUGUGAUGACUUGCGGCUGGUUGGUGGUGGGCCUAUUCAUAUGGGCCCUCAUACCGCAUUUCAAUUUUGCUGAUGGCCUUUUGGUUGCAGCCUGUGUCACGGCAACUGACCCUGUGUUGGCAGCAGCCGUUGUGGGUAAGGGUAAGUUUGCUCAGCGUGUUCCGGGCCACUUGCGUAAUUUGCUCACGGCCGAAUCUGGCUGCAACGACGGAAUGGCGUUCCCUUUCAUCUUUCUUGCCUUGAAUCUUGUUACUCAGGCCAAUUACGCCAGACACGUGGUGAGAGACUGGUUUACCUUGACGAUUCUCUGGGAGUGUUGCUUUGGUGUUGUACUUGGCGUUGUUCUUGGGUAUGCCCUUAAGAAGGCUGUGGCCUUCGCUGAAAAAAAGGAUUUGAUCGAUAGAGAAUCUUUUUUGGCGCUUUUUGUGUUUUUGGCUCUUGUCUCUGCCGGCGUGGGCUCCAUGCUUGGUGUUGACGACCUCUUGGUCUCCUUUGCUGCAGGUACGGCUUUUGGCUGGAACGGUGAGUUCGCCAGGAAAACUGAGGAGUCACAUGUCUCCACCGUUAUUGAUUUGUUGCUAAACUUAUCAUUCUUCAUUUACUUUGGCGCUAUUGUUCCUUGGCCCGACUUCAACAAUAGCGAGCUCGGUCUAGAUGUGUGGAGGUUGAUCAUCCUUGCAAUUGUUAUCAUCUUCUUGAGAAGAAUCCCUGCGGUUCUUGCAUUGAAACCUUUCACUCCGGAUGUGAAGACUUGGAGAGAAGCUCUUUUCUGUGGUCAUUUUGGCCCAAUUGGUGUCGGUGCUAUAUUCGCCGCCAUUCUUGCCAGAGGUGACUUGGAGGCUCACUACACUGAUGAGGAAACUCCACUCGCUGACUUGAAGGAUAUCAGUUUCCCUCACUACCAACUUAUCAAAUGCAUCUGGCCAAUCGUCUGUUUUAUUGUCAUUACUUCCAUCGUUGUGCAUGGCUCUUCAGUUGCCGUCUUGACGUUGGGUAAGCGUUUGAAUAGAAUGGCAAUCACCAUGACAACCACCAACACCCACGACCAGGGCCCAUCUUGGAUUUCCCGUUUGCAAAAGCUCGACAAAACCAGCACUUCAUACUCCUUGCAUAGCAUUGACACUGCUCACCCUGAGCUCAAACCAGAAGAAACUCACACUUCACAGACUAGCGUUAAAGUUAGGCCAGCGGGUGGUGCAAGACGCAAGAGACUUCAGAGAAAACAAAAACUUCGUGAAGGAGGCAGAAACACUGAUUCUCAACCCACUACAGAAAGACAUCGUCCAGCUACUGAAGUGUUACAAUUGGGCAAAACGCAGUCUCAUGCACCCUCUACAAAGAGCUGUACGGAAGAUUCCGGAGGCGUCUCUUCAUCUACAUUUGCAGAGGGAAUUAGCGAGCAGAAAGGGCGAAACGACAUUGAUGAGACGACUUUGGAAGAAAUCAAAAACAGCGUUGCUGAAAGAUCAGGAAAACCUCUUGACCAGCUCAACCCACAAGAGGAUCAGAUUCCAUCCAUGAUUUACAAAGAUGGUAAACAUAUAGUGGUAGAAGAUCAAGAAGGUGAGAUCAUCGAGAGUCUUCCUAUGAAAGACCUUGAUGAGUAUAAAGAGACCCCGCCGAACGCAGAAAAUGUCAGUAUCCACUCUAUGGGAUCUUUACAAAGGCAUAUGACACAAUACUCAGCAAUGUCCGACGCACUGGCUGGUUCAUCUGCUGGAAGCUCAGAUUCCAUCACUCGUAAGAUCUCGAGAACAUUCAGCAAUAAGAAGAUGGCUUUCGUUAAAAAAGAGAGUGGAAAGAAAUUCUAUGCCCACCAAGUCGAUAAUCUAAUUGUGAUUGAGAAUGCUGAUGGUGAAGUUGUUAGACGGUACAGAGUCAACAGGCAUGUUAAUCCGAACAAAUCUAGAGCAAGAUCCGGUUCGAUCGUCAACAAGGCGUUAUCAUUUGUUGGUAUCAAGAGUAAAGAACCAUCUGUUGCCGAUGCGAAUGCGGAAAAGGAAGUUGCUCAUCUGCCAACGGCUGCUUUGAACGCCCCUCUUCCUACUGCUCCAGAAAACGAGAAGGUUGAGAUACCACAUAGUAUUUCCCCCAAAGAGGAUGAAAGGAAGUUUGACAAAGUUUUGCAGAAGAAGUUGACGGGUAUGAUCGAGGAAGAGACAGGAGUAAACGGGGACGAUCUUGAAUUAGAAAAUGAGAAUCUAACAGAAAGAUCAGAUAAUGAAGACGGGGAGGAAGAGGAAACAGAGGUGGAAAGAAGAAGACGUUUAGCUGCUUUGGGGCAUCUUUCCAAUAAGAGAGAAGAAGACGAUGAGGAGGUCUAG